AUGGAUCCUGUCGUCUACCAAGAGUCGCCCCUGGCCGACUAUCUCAAGGAUGAGGAUGAAGAGUCUCAUGAGGGCUGGGCCGAGGCCGACAGCCAGUCCGAGCGACCAGCUUCGAUCCUGUCCGACACCUCGCCACCUGCGAGCCCAUCUCAAUUUGCGCCCACCGGGAGACCUCUUGUGAAGCAGCGAUUCAGAAACAAAGCACUCGCCCCUUUGCAAACCAGCAAUACGGCCCUGACGCCGCUACGCGCGUUGCGACGGAACUACUCGGCCGCAGUUGCAGCCAGCAUGGAUAGAGCCGAUAACGAGAAAUUCCUGGAACAGUUUCGAUAUAUUAUAAUAGCGUCUCAGCUACUGAGUGGCCAUACGGUUGCGGCUCGACGACACGCUGGCGCAGAGGCUCUGAGCGCAGUAGCCGAAAGCGAUCAAUCGCUCCUGUCAAACGAAGGAAUCAUCGCGUCGAUACUGGGUGCCCUGGCUGUCGCCGUGGUGCUUGGCUGGAUUUUUGGGCACAAGAAGGAAUCCUACGUCACCAAAAAGCGACUCGUUUUUCUGGUAGUCUUGCUCGUUGCAUCUGGUGCGCUUGGGCAAGUCUAUGUUCGACGCCAGUGGCUCCGAUACCGCAGAGAACAGUCUUUAUCCGAGUUGAGCGGGUUCAUCAUCAAUUCGCACGAGUUCGACAGUGUUGUGGAGGCUACGCUGGCUUUGGUCCAAGAAGUCGAGCUGGUGUCGCGAGGAUACAGAAUUAGCGCGCCGCUCCCACCAGUUAGCCGCAUCGAAGACCGAUCACAAAGUCGAAAGUGCGUUCGUUUGAGAAAAGUCUUGAAGGCACGCCUAGCCGAGGUGCUUCAGCAGUACGACAGAUUGGCUACGCUGGUUCAAGGCUUCUCUGAGCAAACUGAACUCGAGAAAUACUACGACAUGUACGACAUUAGCGACUUUGAUAUUCAAGAUGCUCGCCAAGGCUACAACGAGAACGAGUUUGAAGACUCCGAGUCACUACGCACCCUGAAGAUCUUGGCCGCUCGAUUCUAUACUAUGCGCAAAAUGUUAAUCUGUGCCAUGUUGGCCCUAGACGCCAGCGGAGAGAGAAAUGACCUGCUGCGCUGGACCGCAGCCGUGGAAGCGUUGCAGGAAUUAAACAAAACGACAAAGGCUGCAUAUAAGAGAAUCCAAGACAUUCUUAGCGAGGAGCAGUCGUUUCCCGUUCCGCCCACACCGAAAAUCCCCCUUACACCAGGUCGAGAACGCUGGCGCGCACAACUACGGAAGCUCGGUUCCCUUUCCACUGGUAUCCGCGGCUUGCAGGCCAAGCUGCAUUUACUGCGGGAGGAAUCCGACAGAGCUCUUGACGAUUCGAGCGACAUAUCAGAAAUGGGACCCAACCUGAUGGCUCAAUACGACUCAAUCGGCGUUGACCUAAAAGAACUAAUGACGGCAUGGGAGGAAGGCAAGAACGCACUAGCGGUCGGUAUCGAUAGGAACGAGAAACGACUGUCGUCGAUGAGCACUCUGAUGUCGCCGCGUAGCUCGAUGAGCGGCGUUACAGCCGCUGAAGAUGGCAACGCAGCGGACGCGUUCAAGGCACUGACAGGCGAAUCACCCACCCGCUCGGAAAAGGAGUAUCCUGAGGCAGACCCCGAGGUGUUUGAGGCUGUAGCCAUCCCAAGGACCCGAAGCAUGCUCACCAGAGAGGAGCGCCUAGUCAAGAUGAAGGAGGACCGAGAACAAAAGGCCCAGGCCCGCCAGCAAAUAGAUGCCACACGAGGCAUGCUACGCGAGCUCGAGACUGUCAUCAACCUUCGUCCCAAAAACCGACACAGCACUCCGGCUGAGAAGCCGUCAAACCGUGUUGUGUCGAUGUAA